AUGUACUUACAUGCAGAGGAAACAACCGAGGAGACGGACGAGGCUACCGAUGCUGAUGUCGAGGAAGCGGCUGAAGAUAUACUGCUGGCUACCGAAUUGGCGGAGGAAGCGACGGACGACAAGGAGGAAGCUGCUGACGAGCUGCCUGCGGCAGCAGCUGAAGAGGCAGCAGAGGAGGCAGACGAUGCCACUGAGGUUACUGAGGCGACUGCUGAAGUUGCGCUGGACAACACUGAGGAGACCACACUCGAGGCAUCAGAAACCACCGACGAUACGACCGAGUUGACGCCAGAUACCACGCUCGACACGACCUGA